GUUUUUCAUGAUUCACACCGUCGAUUUUGAUAAAUCUUAUUUACGCGUUUGUCUUUAGAGUGAAUUAGAAGUUGAUUUAUUUAUUCAUCACUGAAUUUAAAAACUUUAGAAAAAACGUUAGAGAUGGAGGAAUUUAAUUCAAACGGAUCAGUGGUUAACGGUACGGGAUCUAUGGAAGUUCCUCAAUCUAAUGCUGAAGUUAUAAGGGGACAAAUAUUUGAAGUGGGUCCUAGGUAUAUUAAACUCGCCUAUAUAGGUGAAGGAGCUUAUGGAAUGGUUGUGUCUGCAGAUGACACGGUAACUAACCAAAGAGUUGCAAUAAAAAAAAUAUCGCCGUUUGAACAUCAAACUUACUGUCAAAGGACUCUCAGAGAAAUAACCAUAUUGACGAGAUUUAAACAUGAAAACAUUAUUGAUAUUCGUGAUAUUCUUCGGGUUGAUAGCAUAGACCAAAUGAGAGAUGUUUAUAUUGUACAGUGUUUAAUGGAGACUGAUUUGUAUAAAUUACUUAAAACACAGAGGCUUAGUAAUGAUCACAUCUGUUACUUUUUAUAUCAGAUAUUGCGUGGACUUAAAUAUAUCCAUUCAGCAAACGUCUUGCAUCGGGACUUAAAGCCAAGUAAUUUACUGUUAAACAAGACGUGCGACCUAAAAAUUUGCGACUUUGGAUUGGCUCGUAUUGCAGAUCCCGAGCAUGACCAUACUGGCUUUCUCACAGAAUACGUUGCUACUCGGUGGUAUAGAGCACCUGAAAUUAUGCUUAACUCAAAAGGAUACACUAAAUCAAUUGACAUGUGGUCCGUUGGCUGCAUUUUGGCUGAAAUGUUAAGUAAUCGGCCAAUAUUCCCUGGAAAACAUUAUCUGGAUCAACUUAACCAUAUUCUUGGCGUGUUGGGGUCGCCGUCCCGGGACGAUUUAGAAUGUAUUAUUAACGAAAAGGCACGGAACUAUUUGGAGUCUUUACCAUUUAAGCCAAAUGUACCUUGGGCGAAACUUUUUCCAAAUGCUGAUGCGUUGGCUUUAGACCUUCUUGGGAAAAUGUUAACAUUUAACCCUCAUAAACGGAUUCCUGUCGAGGAAGCUCUUGCACAUCCCUAUUUAGAGCAGUAUUAUGAUCCUGGAGAUGAGCCUGUUGCUGAAGUGCCAUUUCGGAUUAAUAUGGAAAAUGAUGACAUUUCUCGAGAUGCUUUAAAAUCAUUGAUUUUCGAAGAAACUUUAAAAUUUAAGGAGCGACAACCAGAAAAUGCGCUUUAGGCUUUAAGAGUUUAAGUAUAUAGUAAAAACAAUUGCUCCAUUAGGGUAACUUUUAUCGUAAUUUUCUCAGAUCUCAGAUUAGGGCUUUUAACAAAAAGCUUGCUAAAAUGAGACAUCCUCCGAUUCUUACAAUUUUCACUUACGUGUGAAUAUGAAAAAUGGCCCUAAAUAUUCUCUAAAGAUAGGAACUAAAACUAUGUGUGAUGUUCGUAAAAUGCAUUAAUUUUUUUAUUUAUUUUAAAAAUAACUAAUAUUUAGGUUACCUGAUGUAAAGAACGUGUAUAAUAUUGGGAUAUUAACGUCGUAAUAUUUAAGAUCUAUAAAAAAGUUUACCAAAACAAUGAAUUUAAACAUUUAAGUUUUGUUGAGGGGCAGUUGCUUUGUUUAAAUAAAAGUUCUAAAAUAAAAUAAUUUAGACGAUCAAAAAUAUAAAAAAAUAACUCGAUUGUGGCAAACUAAAUACGCUCUUUUUGAUUUAAUAUUCAUAAUCAAUAUAACAUUUUUUAAUUAUAUUAAUAAGAUAUUCGAAUCACGUCACUUUUUCCAAAUUCCAUUAAGUACAUCAAAUUAUAAAAAAGUAUUUAUGACCAGCUGGCCGCUUUUAAAAAAUAAUAAAGUUUUUAUCAUAAUUUAAUGUGAUUUAUUAAGACUAGCAGGGAAAGCCCUUCUUCGAUGUUUAAGUGAUUAGGCUAAUCCACAUUUCUAAAUAUGCCAUAAAA